CUCUGGCACCUGCGAGGAAUAUUACUUUCAUUUGACUUGGCAAGGCCAGAUCCAGAAGAUCGAGAAACUAACUGAGUGUAAGCCAUCCUUCUGCAAGGUUAAAAACAUGGAGCUUACGACUUUAAACUACGAUUACAAUACAAAUUCAGAUUACCCUGAUGAAGAGCUGUGCAACCUCGACCCUGACCCCAUGGAGAUCAUCACCCAAACCUACAUCCACUCCUUCAUCUGUGCCUUCGGCCUGAUUGGCAACUCUCUUGUAAUCGUCACCUACAUAUUCUACAAGAGAACCAAGACGAUGACGGAUGUCUAUCUCUUCAAUGUGGCUGUGGCAGACCUGAUCUUCGUGUUGGCCCUGCCGUUCAUCAUAUACAACGAGCAGUACAAUUGGCCGAUGGGUUCUUUGGCUUGCAAAAUGCUAAGGUCAGCCUACGGUAUCAACCUCUACAGUGGCAUGCUCCUGCUUGCGUGCAUUAGCGGUGAUCGGUACAUUGCUAUAGUUCAGGCAAGAAGAUCCUUUGGGGCUCGCUCACGCUCUCUUAUCUACAGCCGCCUCAUCUGCUCUUCUGUUUGGGUGUUUGCAGUGGCUUUAACUCUGCCCACACUCAUCUACACUAAAUGCUUUGAAGAACCAAGUCCGGGGGCGGAUACGGUCACUGUGAAAUGUCAGCUGUAUUUCAGUAAAAAUGAAACAGCAAAGUUAGUGAAGGUGCUGGUUCCCAGCCUUCAAAUGGCAUUUGGCUUCCUGCUGCCUCUGCUGGUGAUGAUGUUCUGUUACUCCAGCAUCAUAUGCACCUUGCUGAGAGCACCGCAGAGCAGCCAGAGGCACAAGGCUGUCCGGGUGGUCUUGGCGGUUGUUGUGGUUUUCAUUUUGUGCCACCUCCCCUACAAUGUGGCUCUGCUGAAACACACUCUGUCUCUUUUCAAGGAGAGGAGCUGUGAGGCAGAAAAGGUUAAACUCCAGGUUCUGGCCAUUUCCCGUGGUGUAGCGUACCUCCACUGCUGUCUAAACCCCAUCCUCUACGCCUUCAUCGGGGUGAAGUUCAGAAGCCACUUCCGGCAAAUAAUGUUGGAUCUGUGGUGCUUUAGCAAAAAGUACAUCUACUCUGCUCGCUCGUCUCGCGGAACAUCUGAUGUUUGCAUCUCAGGCUACAAGUCUUCAGAAGGCUCUCACCACAUGUCAUCAUUCAGUGCAUGACGCUGCAGCCUUCUGAAGGAGAUCGAUGCUAAAGCUCAAAGAGCCUCUCAUCUUCCCAAGCCGUUGCUCUGCUGUAGCUGUAAGUAAAAUCAAUGCUUUAAAAAAUACUGGGUAACUCCAGUGAUUAAACAUUGUACGUUAGUAGAGUAGAUGGGGCGCCACAGAAACAAAGUUUAAAAAGCUGUCAAAAUAAGGCAACCAGAAACGGAGACAUCUUGACUUUUAGUUUGUAAAAUGCAUCAACUUGAGAAAAUGCUGGAUCCUUCGCUUCACAUAACGCAACUAGUAGCACUUUUUCUUAAGAUAAGCACUGUCUGGCACACACCCAUGUCUUUCUAUAUACUCCCACUUUGUAACAUAUGCUUUCUGAUAAUUAUCUCCAAGUCCAAGAAGAUUUAUACCCCAUCAGAGAUCAUCAUCAGAGUAAUUUUCUCACUUUAUAUUUGAAUUAUUAUGAUAUUACACAUGUUCCAUGUUUUAAGAUUAAUCUGACAUUUAUGUGUAAAAUCAGUAAUGUGAUCACAUGCACCUGUACAGACCUGUCAAGCAGGAAGAGCAGAGGUGCAACUAAUAACAUUAACAAUAACAGCACCAUGGGCCAAUUUAUAGAAAUUAGAUCUAUUCGUCAAUCUGAUCACCUCACACAAAUAUCCAGCUGUAUAUAUCCAGUGUAUAUGUAACUAUGGGUGUGAAUGACGUAUUAUCCUUAACCAAACUCACGACCGCUGACGGCUGCUUUUGUUGGUUUUAUUAACAUCUUUUUUUUUUUUUUUUUUAAUGUAACUGAAGUGAC